CAUAUUUCCUCUCAAGCUUGACGCGUGGACAGACGUAGAUGGAUCUGCAGCUGAAUAAGUUUGGAGCACAACCAGCAGCCUAAAGAGUUGUUGGAGGCCUGCGUGUUACCGAGCUAUGCAUUUCCAGGAGUGGCUACGAUCACUACGCUCCAGCGCCGGACUCAAAGGAUCUGAAUCAGAGGACAUCUGGAGUCUUCUGCCAUCUCUUCCCCUGUCCUCCUUCUCCCUGUCCUCCCUGUCUCUGUCGCCCUCCUCUCUGCUGGGUUUAGGAGCCCUUGCCUCUCUCACCGCGUACUGGCUGGUGACCCGUCCUCGACCCAUGCGUCCUCCCUGUGACCUACAGACCCAGUCUGUGGCUGUGAACGGAGAUCCCACCUGCAGGCGAUCGGCUCUCCUUAAAGAUGACUCACUGCUGGAGUUUUACUACGAUGACACCAAGACGGCCUUCGACAUGUUCCAGAGAGGCCUGAGGAUCGCAGGAAACGGCCCGUGUCUGGGUUUCAGGAAACCGGGGCAGCCCUACCAGUGGAUCUCAUACACUGAGGUGGCAGAGCGGGCGCAGGUGCUGGGCUCUGGGCUGCUGGCCAAAGGCUGCCAGCCCAACCCGCAGCAAUUUGUUGGGAUAUUUGCACAAAACAAACCAGAGUGGAUCAUCUCAGAGCUGGCCUGCUACACAUACUCCAUGGCGGUGGUGCCUCUGUACGACACAUUGGGGCUGGAGGCCAUGGUCCACAUACUCAACCUGGCGGAGAUCUCUCUGGUGAUCUGCGACCGGGAGGAGAAGGCGGCAGCUCUGUUGGAGAACAAGGAGCAAGGCGUGACACCGAAGCUCUCCUGCCUGGUUCUCUUUAACGACUUCAGCGACGCGUUUGUGGAGAGGGCGAAGAACUGCGAGGUGGAGGUUUUGAAACUGGAACAGCUCAUGGAGCUGGGAAGGCAGAACCUUAAAGAUCCUGUGCCGCCCCAGCCUCAGGAUCUGGCCGUGGUCUGCUUCACCAGUGGAACCACAGGGAAGCCCAAGGGAGCCAUGAUCACCCACGGCAACAUCGCCUCCAACACUUCCUCUGUCAUUAAGAUCCUGGAGGGUUCGUUUGUGAUCCGACAGGAGGAUGUGUCGAUCUCUUACCUGCCACUUGCCCACAUGUUCGAGAGGAUGAUCCAGGUCUCUAUGUUCUGCCACGGGGCCAGAGUCGGCUUCUACCAAGGUGACAUUUCUCUCCUCAUGGACGACAUUAAAACUCUCAAACCGACCUUCUUUCCCGUUGUGCCACGUCUACUCAAUCGCAUCUACGACAAGAUCCUGGGCUCCGUGACCUCUCCGUUGAGACGGGCUUUGCUUCACUACGCUGUGAGGAGAAAGCAGGCGGAGCUCAGCAGCGGAGUCGUACGUAACAACAGUCUGUGGGACAAACUGGUGUUCAACAGGAUUCAGGCCAGUUUAGGAGGUAAUCUGCGAUUCGCCCUGACUGCUUCAGCACCCAUCUCGCCCACUGUGCUGUCCUUCCUCAGAGCCACUCUGGGCUGUCUCAUCUUUGAGGGCUACGGCCAGACAGAGUGCACCGCAGGCUGCACGUUCUCCAUGCCCGGAGACUGGAGCGCAGGUCAUGUGGGUGCUCCUCUGCCCUGUGCCAAGGUGAAGCUGGUAGACAUCCCUGAUAUGAAUUACUACGCCAAGAACGGAGAUGGAGAGAUCUGCAUUAGUGGCCCCAGUGUAUUCAAAGGUUACCUGAAGGACCCAGAAAGGACAGCUGAAGCCUUGGACAGCGACGGCUGGCUGCACAGUGGGGACGUGGGCCAGUGGCUUCCUAAUGGGACCCUACGCAUCAUCGACAGGAAGAAGCACAUCUUCAAGUUGUCCCAGGGAGAGUACAUCGCUCCGGAGAAGAUAGAAAAUGUCUACAUGCGCUCUUUUCCUGUGCUACAGGUGUUCGUGCACGGAGAUAGUUUACAGUCUUAUCUCAUAGGCAUAGUUGUGCCGGACCCGGAGGUGUUUGUUGACUGGGCUAAAGAUCGAGGGGUUGUGGGAUCCCAUGAAGAGCUGUGCCAGAAUCCUGAUGUGAAGGCGGCAGUAUUGGAGGACAUGAAAGCUGUGGGGAAGGAAGCAGGGUUGAAGUCCUUUGAGCAAGUGAAGGACUUGUACUUGCAUCCAGAGACGUUCAGCAUCGCCAAUGGCCUUCUCACCCCCACGCUGAAAAGUAGACGCACCGACAUCCGCAAAUUCUUUCAGGAACAAAUAUCGAGCAUGUACAGCAAGACGGCCAUUUGAAGGAUAGCAAUUCACACACAACACCUACGGGUUACUGGUGUCCAAUACGGGAGAAAAGAAUGGGACAGGGGCCUGGGAGAAGAAUUGAAAUCUUAUAUGUCCAGCAGUGCCUUAUUUUAAAAUAUUCAAUGUAUAUAUUUUGGAAUAUUGGUAUUUUGCUUUAAAGAAGUUUUCAUUCACGUCCAUCUCUGCACAUAUGUGUAAUGUAUUAACUCCAUGUGAAAAAUAACACAAUGGGACCAAACGGUUUUUUAGUCCACUUUCACUGUCGUCUUCGGCACUAAUCCAUACUUGUGAUUUAGUGAGAGAUUAUGCUAAUAAAUAAAUUAUUGUCUAGCUGUAGAAAAAGAAAAUCACAUUUUUUAGACAAUAAAUUAAUACUGCCAUGUUCUUAUCCCAUGCAAGGAUUUUGUAAAGGGACACUGUUAUGUGUACUUGGGAAGUUGUUCCUCGUAGCACUUGUAUUAACUGUAGGUCUGUACUUUGUGGUUGUUGGGCCCUUGUGUCGCCAUGACAUCAACUUUUCAUGAACUUUCUUGAUCCUAGCUCGAUGGUCUCAUACUUUUCUAAUCGGUUCUGAAUGAUUUCAUAAGCCAGUGUGAGCAAAUAAUCCUUCAGCUAAAGUUAAACCAUUAAACUAACAAGGGUUUCAACUAGUAAUUAUCUGUAAAAAAGGCUGAAUUGUAUAUACUGCUUAUAUAUGUUGACAGGACACUACUGACUAAUUCCAGUUAAGUAAAUCUGAACAGAAAUAAAGAUUAGUAGCUGA